GCUCAUGGUUGCGUAAUUUGGGUGAAAGAGGAGAACGUCGGAGAGGGAAGGUUGAAUGGUAGAUAGAACCAGGAAGAGCCGGACAGGUACGGUUCUUGUGCUGCCAGACAGGUGGAUUUUAUUCAGGCGUCUGCAGCAGGGAUGGAGCUCAGCGUGGCUAAAACCUUAAUGCUAACAGGAGGGAUCGUGUUUCUUCCUGUUCUCGUCUUCGUUACCUCCUAUGUGUUCUGGCCCGGAGUUCUCCUGAAGGCCUAUAACUGGUACUUACGCCGCAGGCAGGGGAUGGUGGUCCGUUACGCUCACGUCGGACGUUAUCGCUUCUGCUAUUCCAGCCGCGGGACACCAGGAGGCGCCACACCGUCUCUGCUGCUGAUGCAUGGGUUUGGCGCAACCAAGGACAUGUGGCUGCCUGUCAUCACUCACCUCCCUAAAAACCAGCAUCUGGUUUGUGUGGACAUGCCUGGACAUGAAGGGACGAGUCGGACUGGUGCAGAAGAUUAUAGCAUCCUGGGUCAGGCCAACCGGAUCCAUCAGUUUGUGCAGAGUAUCGGUCUGGAUAAAACACCCUUCCACCUGGUCGGCACUUCCAUGGGGGGGAACGUUGCAGGCGUGUACGCCGCUCGUUACCCGUCUGACCUCUGCAGCCUCACCUUGGUGUGUCCAGCAGGUCUGGUUUAUCCGAAAGAGUCUGAGUUCAUCAGCCAUCUGAGGGAGCUGGAGAAAAACAAAGAGGAGGAGUCCAACCCUCUCAUCCCCACCACUCCUCAGGAGCUGGAGACCAUGCUGAAGCUGUGCUGUCACAAGCCUCCCAACCUCUCCCAGCAGGUCAUGCGGGGUCUCCUGGCCAACAGGAUCCCAAACAACGACUUUUACAGAGAAGCAUUCAAGGAGAUCGUGGGUGAGAAGUCUCGCCACUCGCUGCAGGAACACCUUCAUCAGAUCACAGCACCCCUGCAGGUCAUCUGGGGGAAGCACGACCAGGUGCUGGACGUUUCAGGAGCCACAGUGAUCCAGACGGAGCUGCCUCACUGCCAGGUGGACCUGUUGGAUGACUGCGGUCACGCCGUUGCUUUGGAGAGGCCAAGAAAAAUGGCUAAACUCAUAAUAGACUUUGUGCACAGUGAAGCUAAGAAACACGCCUGAAGAACACCUUGCUGAAUGGAUAAUGAGGAAGCUACAACUUAAGCGUUAAAUUUGAUUGAAUGCACACUUUUCACUGAAUUUGAUGAAAUUGUUUGAAGCUAAUAUUUACUUAUUUUAAUUCAAACUCUCUACUGAGACUCAUCCUUGUCAUUAAUAUCAUUCCAUGAGAGGGAUUUGAUUAAUUUCUCUUUUGAAAAAACUGCUUAAAUUUUUUUUCUUUUGGGAAAAACCUAUUUUAACUUUACUGUAGGCCGAAGGCCACUGAAUCCUGUGUGAAUUUAUUUUUCUAUGUUUUCUUUGUGGAUCAAAAACAAUAUUGAUCAAUGACUUGUAACAGUAACACAACAAUAUUUUCACACAAACUUUUCAAGGAUUGAAUUAAAACUUCAAACAAA